AUGCUUCUUCCUUCCCACCUUUCCCUCCCACCCUCCCCCUCUUACACCUCCCUCUUCUUUGAACAUAUUGUCUACAUUGCUUACGUCACGGAGAGAGUGCCUGUAGGGAUAGCAAGAGAAGAAAGGAGAAAGAUUUCGAUGAGGUGGCAGCGAAAUGCAGCACAACAACAUGAGGGAGAUGGCAGCCGGAAGCUGAGGAUUCGUCACCACGGUGAAUUCUUCCGUCCAGCUGAAGCCGUGGAUCCCAGUGUCGAACGAUAUAUAAUGGAUCGCGAGGUUGUCAAGGAGUGCAUGAAAAAUGUUAUCAAAGACCUCAAUGGCAAUCUGUCGCAUACGGUCCGCGUUCCCUUUUUCGCCAUGCCGUCGGCUUACGCUCAUUACAACCCCUUCAUCUAG